UCGUUGUCAUAUGCUUCUUCCUUCAUGUUCAUACGUAAAAAAUAAAUAAAAAGGAUUUAAUCACAGAAAAUUAAUAAAAGAUGAAUGAAUUAAUAAUACUUAUUACUGUUUUUGCCACCUUAAUAACCAGUGCAAAGUCGGAUAGUGUUUUAGGAUGUGGAGGCUUUUUAAAAAGUCAUGUUCCAAUUGAUUUUUCAAAAGUUGAGGUUAAGUUGAUUACGAAACAAGGUAUUGUCAAAGAUAAAACUACUGCAGCUCCCAAUAAUGGAUAUUAUUUUGUUCCUCUUUAUGAUAAAGGGGAACUGCUUUUGGAAUUGUCACCACCGCCAGGGUGGAGUUUUGAGCCCAAAAACGUAGCACUAUUUGUAGAUGGAGACACGGAUUUGUGUAGUCAAGGCAAAGAUAUCAAUUUUGUAUUCAAAGGAUUUGGUAUUACUGGAAAGGUUGAAAGUUUAGGUAGUCAGACAGAAAAUUCUGGACCAGAAGGUGUAACAAUAAAGCUAGAAUCAGAUGAAGAUGUUAGAACUACAGUUAGUGAUAAAGAAGGCAACUUUUUUUUCACUCCAGUGUAUCCCAAAAAAUAUAAAGUAUCAAUUUCACACCCCAAAUGGAAAAUUCACAAAAAGUCUGUUGAAGUGACAGUAGCUGAGGGAAAUACAGAGCUGCCAAAACAUAGCCUUAUUGUACAAGGUUAUGAUGUAGUAGGACAAGUUAAAAGUGAGGGGGAAUCAGUUAAAAAUACCAUUGUAGUUCUUUUAUCAGAGAAAGUUGGAUCUACUAUAAUAAAUGGGUGUAAUACAGAACCUUUAACAGGUCUGAAAGUUAAGGAUAGUAUUUUAUGCCAUGUAAAAACAAAUGAAAAUGGAAAAUUUGUGUUUGAAUCUUUACCUAACGGGCACUACUAUGUUAUACCAUAUUAUAAAACACAAAAUAUAUAUUUUAAGCCAGAAAAAAUUGAAUUUAUUGUUAAUAAUAGAGACUUGGAACUGAAAGAAACUUUUGAGAUAAUAGGGUUUAGCAUAUCUGGGAAGGUACUUAAAUUUACAAAUGUACCUCUUCCAUAUGCUAAAGUAUUUUUAAAUGGAGAAGAAAUAGCAAAAACAGAUUCAAAUGGACAAUACAUUUUAGAAAAAAUAAGAGCUGGCAAAUAUAAACUUAAAGCAGAAUCAGAAAAUUUACUAUUUGAUGAAACCAACAUUCACAUUGACCCAUCUUUAAAUGAACUACCAGCAAUUUUUCCAUCUGCAUUCAAAAUUUGUGGUACAGUAACCAGUGAUCAUCCUCAAAAAGUUACUUUUAGUAAAAUUGGAAGUACAAAGCUAAUACAAACAUUAUCAUCUGCAACAGACGGAAGUUUUUGUGAAUUUUUAGCACUUGGCAAGUAUGAAGUUCAGGUGGUUGUCAGUGAUGCUGAAAAGGAAAAAGGAUUGCAAUUUUAUCCUUUGGUUCAAAAAAUAGAAAUCAGUUCUGAAAAAUUGGCAAACAUUGUAUUUUCCCAACUAAAAUCAACUAUUUCUGGCAAGGUGCAAUGUUUGAUACAAAAAGAAUGUGAAGAUCUUACAAUAGUUUUGAAAAGUGGCACAGAAAAUGAAGUUAUUGUUAAAGUAAAAGGUGGAGUGUAUUCUGUUAGAGAUAUGUAUCCAGGAACAUAUGAAGUGCGCAUACUUUCAAAUAGGUUCUGUUGGGAAAGUAACACACAAAAUGUGGUGGUGGACAGUGAAAAAGUUGAAAUACCCCAUUUUGUUCAAAAAGGAUAUACAGUUGUGUUUGUAUCUUCACAUGAUACUCAGGUUAACUUCAAACUACAAGGCCAAACAAAACAUACUGUUUUUGACAUACCUAGAGGCCGAUCAAUUUUUUGUCUAGAAAAAUCUGGUGAAUACCUAUUUAACCUUGAAGGCUGCCAUAGAUAUACUGAAAAUACAAUCAUUUACAACACAAAUGCUGAAAUUAACGAAGUCAUUCUCACAGCUAAAAAGCACACUGCUAAACUCAGCAUCCAAGCUGAAUCUGAUUUUGGAAACAUACAAGUCUCAGUAAAAAUUGGAACUUCAAAGAAUGAAGAAACGCUAAAAUUCAACAAAGGCAUUUAUGAGCUCGACAUUUUACUAGAACCUUCCGAAAAUGCUGUAGUAGUACCACAGUCUGAAGUACUGUUUUUCACACCACCAAUUUUGUCUGUAGAAGGUGGGGAUGAUUGCGAGAAUUUGGGAGUAAAGUUUCUUGCUGUUAAAGGUCAACUGUUUGAAGGAAAAGUGAUUCCUCCAUUAGCUGGUGUAACAAUUACAGUUGAAAGCGCAGAUUCAGAAAAAUUGGUUAUAGAUUCUGACCAUAAUGGUGCUUUCAAAUUUCCACCAUUAGAUAGCAAAAAAGGUUAUAAAAUCACAGCUGUCAAAGAUUCAUAUAUUCUAACUGGUCCAGAUAAGAAUGGAAAUUUUUUAGCACACAAACUAGCUGAAGUUAUAGUAGAAGUUGUAGAUACUGAUAAUAAUCCACUACCAGGAGUCCUAUUGUCUUUAUCUGGUGGCGAUAGCUAUCGUAAGAAUCUUCAAAGUAGGGCUGAUGGUAAAAUUUUGUUUAAUUCUUUGAGCCCUAGUGAAUAUUUCUUGCGACCAAUGAUGAAGGAAUAUCAAUUUGAACCUAGUUCGAAAAUAAUACCAGUUAAAGAAGGAGAAACUGUUAAUGUACAUUUGAAAGCAAAAAGAGUAGCAUACAGUGCCUAUGGUCAGGUGAUGUCAUUAAAUGGUGAACCAGAACUUGACAUGAUCAUAAUGGCUCAAGGUACUGGAAAUUGUAGUGAUUAUUCUGAAGAAACAACUUGCGAAUCUACAGGACAAUUUAGAAUCAGGGGGUUGCAGCCAUUUUGUUCCUACAAAGUCAUAGUUAAAGAAGGAUUAAAUGACAAUGUUGUUGUAGAACGAUCUGCUCCUGAAUAUGUAGAAAUUAAUCGUGUUACAGAUGACAUAAAAGAUAUUAAGCUUGUAGUGUUCCACCCAGCUUCACAACUGGAUGUACUUGUCAAAGUAUACACUGAUAAUGUAGAACAUUAUAAAUCUUUAAAAGUUAAGCUGAUUAGAGAAACUGGUUCAUCAGCUGUACUCCACACAGCCAAAAUCGAUACUUCUUCAGUAAAAAUAACAAAAUCUGUAAAUCCUGGAGUAUUACUACACCUUCCAGCUAUUCCAAUUGAUAGCAAACCAUAUUCCAUACAGUUAGAAUCAGGAUUACAGGGUACUAAACAACAAGUUCACUUUUUCAAUGCUAAUGAAUCCUUCAAAUACUUCGAGUUUGAGUUUAGAUUGAAAGAUAGUGCCUCAGAUCAACGUAUCAAGCAAACCUCCCCAUGGAGCUUGGUGUUCAUUUUUGCUAUCUUAAUCUGUGCAUAUAACAUCGAGUUAAUAGCAAAUUUCUUAAAUGAAAGGUUCAAUUUUAACAUCAAUUCCUUAACCAAUAUGAUUUCUAGUCCCGGAGGAAGUCCCAAACCCGUGACCGAUUACUUUGAUGAUGCACAGAUUGAUCAGAUCGUUCAAAGUAUCAACAGUGCCAAAAAGAAGCCCAAACCCAAGAAGAUUUAGGUUUUGGAGUAAUAUUUUUAGGUAGUUAUGAUGUAACAAAUUUUGAGUGUAAUUAUAUUAUUUUGUAUGUAUGGAAUGAACGACAGUCAUUGAUUGUUCAUUAUAUCAUUUAAAUAUUUCAAUUUGCGAAUGUAUAGUUUUGGUAUAAUGGAACAGUAUUUAUUUUCUAUAAUUAAAUUAUUGAGUUCUAAUAACAUGCAGAAUGUUUAAAUAAAACUUUUUUCCAUUUAAAACCUUUCAUAGUUUAUAUUUUUGUUUAUCAUCAAAUAAAAUUGUUGAUGUUAAGAACAGUCUGUUGAAAUUGUUACUUUUUUAAAUAAAUUAUUGUUACAAAA